GGGUCAAAAAUUGAAGAAAAGGGUCCUACCAAGCAGCAAUAUGUGAAGACUUGGGAGGGUCAGAGCUCUCCGAAUGCAUGAACAAUAUCUUAGAGGUUUGGAAGGACAUUAGGGUGAGUAAUUAAUGACAGAAUUAAACAUUUUUUGGUGAACUAUCCCUCUAACGCCUAUAGUAAGGUAAAUAGUUAGUUGGUCUGGCCCUUCUGCAAAAUCCAAGACAAUGAAAUGAGUUGAAAUGCAAAUGGUAAUAUACAAAAAACUAAAAAACCAAAACAUUGCAAAUCAUUUUAUAGCUGCAAAAUAUAUCGAACACAGCUUUUAUGAAAACGCACUUGAAGUUGCAUGAGUUUGGAUCUCGUUUGACUAUAUAUAUAUCCGAGUUUUAUGAUGCUCUCUGAACGCAUGAAAAAUAUCUAUAUAUUUGAACUGCGAAUUACGUCAAAUUAUGAUGCAAUUUACGUUCGACUUUGACGGCGUCCCAAACCCAAAUAGCCCACGAGGAAUCCUUACAGGCUAUACCUCAUGGCAACUUCCUCGUGGGACAACUAGCCCCGGUUUUCAAAUCAGCAAAAACCGUGACUCAAAGCCACUGUUAGAAAUCGAAUCACGCACGAAACCGGAAUAAACGAAAGUCGUGUUUCCUUUCAAUUCUACGCAGUGGUCUUACAUAAAAGCCUUUGUUGGUCGGGAAUCUGAUUUCUCCUCCUCUUGCAGGUGUCAGUCUUAAUUCUGUCCAGUAGGUGGGACUUUAUACUCGUCAUCCGGAGCAUCGCCGCUCUCAGCAGUACUUUCCUCCGGCUUGGACACUGAGAGCAUCUCUAUGAUGGACUGUGGAACGGAAAGUCGAGGCGAGUUGUGGCAUCUGCACUUGUUCUUUUGAUAAAGCGACCAGAUCACGAGCCCGAUCUCGUAUGAUGCUCCCAGGCGCGCGCACUCUUAUGUAGCCAACGCGUUUAGACAUUGAACACUCAUAUCUCCAUCGGCGAUCUUCAUCAUCACCAUCCUCAUCAGCCCUGGAAAACGUCGAGUCGUUUUGGACCCAAAAGUCAUGGAUGUAUGGUUCUGUUCAGCGGUUCCAGUUUUCACCUGGAGGCUUCUCUUUCUUUCAAGCAUCUUCCAGGGUUAUUGGAGCUCCAUGCUCGAUUGUCCACUAACGUGCAGCUGUUCGCCCGUUGAGAUCUAUUGCAAUAAGUCCGACAGUGGAAAUUUCUUCCCUUUACUUGCUCUACAAGAUCCGGCGAGCAAUGGCAGUAACAAUAAUGACAUUGAAGAGCUCUUCAGGAACAUCACGUCCAUACACAUAGAGAACUGGACAGGAUUGCAGAUUCUUAAGGAUGUCGACAUGGAACUGUACACAGGACUCCAGAGACUGACAAUAAUAAACUGCAGUUUACGGACAAUCCAGGCACGUGCAUUUGCACAGAACCCUCACCUGCGCUACAUAAACCUGUCCAAGAACCCUCUGACGACGCUCUCUUGGCAGCUUUUCCAGCACCUUCAGCUGGUCGAACUGAGGCUGGAGGGGGUCGUCUUUGACUGCGGCUGUGCGAUUCGAUGGAUUCAGCUCUGGCAGCUGCGAGGUGAGGCCGCUCUGCACACCCAGCACCUCCACUGCAAGAACGGCGCAAGCAAGAUUCGUCUGAGAUCAAUGAGCAUUGCCCAGUGCGACCUUCCAGACAUCAGCGUGGCUCACAGUAACCUGACUGUGCUGGAGGGUGGUAACGUGACGCUCAGCUGUAACGGCUCUGGGUUUCCGGUACCUGAAGUGGACUGGACCGUGAACGGCCUUCACUCCAUUAACACGCACCAGUCGAAUGUCUACUGGCCCAACAUCCACUCCAUCAACCUGACGCUGGUCAACGUGAGCAGAGACGACAACGGGUUUGCUCUGACCUGCAUCUCUGAGAAUGUGGUCGGGAUGACCAACGUGUCUCUUCAGCUGGCCGUGCUGUUUCCUCCAGUAAUCCUGAAGCUGGAUGAGCCGGAGCGGAGGCAUCACACCUGCAUUGAGUUCACUGUGAGGGGCUUUCCCCAUCCCACGCUGCGCUGGUUCCACAAGGGCCGCGAGAUCCUGCAGAGCGAGUAUAUCUACAUGGACAAGGCGUAUUACCAAGAUUACUUGGAAGGCUGCUUGAAUUUUCAGAACCCAACGCAUUACGACAAUGGAAACUACACCCUAGUAGCCUCUAACUCUCUCGGGUCAGUCACCAAAACCGUCUACGGCUAUUUCCUUGAGCCACCGUUCAUUGAGGAUGAUGGAAUAAUUGAGUACACUCCAACACCUGAAGAUGAGGCGAAGAGCCCUGAAGAAGAUUCAUUCGGAAUGUCGAUCGCCGUUGGUCUGGCCGGCUUCGGCUGCGUCUUCCUCAUUGUGAUUUUCGUCCUCAUCAACAAAUACAGCAGACGCAACAAAUUCGGCAUAAAAGGCCCAGUGGCAGUCAUCAGCGGUGAGGAAGACUCUGCCAGCCCUCUUCAUCACGUCAACCACGGUAUCGUCACGCCUUGCUCUCUCGACGCGGGACCUGACGCCGUCGUGAUCGGCAUGAGUCGCAUUCCCGUCAUCGAGAACCCGCAGUACUUCAGGCACGGACACAACUGCAACAAGCCGGCCACUUAUGUGCAGCAUAUUAAACGGAGGGACAUUGUUCUGAAGAGAGAGCUGGGCGAGGGAGCUUUCGGGAAGGUGUUUCUGGCUGAAUGUUACAACCUCAGCCCCACCAAAGAUAAGAUGCUGGUGGCUGUGAAGACUCUCAAAGAUCCCACCCUGACUGCCAGAAAAGACUUUCAACGAGAGGCCGAGCUCCUCACCAACCUCCAGCACGAACACAUUGUGAAGUUCUACGGCGUCUGUGUGGACGGCGACCCUCUCAUCAUGGUGUUUGAGUACAUGAAGCAUGGAGACCUCAAUAAGUUCCUGAGAGCCCAUGGUCCGGACGCCAUGAUCCUCGUGGAUGGCCAACCGAUGCAGUCUAACGGGGAACUCGGCCUCUCGCAGAUGCUUCAUAUCGCUACACAGAUAGCGGCGGGCAUGGUCUACCUGUCCUCUCAGCAUUUUGUGCACCGGGACCUGGCCACCCGCAACUGCCUCGUGGGUAAUGGCCUGCUCGUCAAAAUUGGAGACUUCGGGAUGUCCAGAGACAUCUACAGCUCAGAUUACUAUCGAGUGGGAGGUCACACCAUGCUGCCCAUACGCUGGAUGCCUCCGGAGAGCAUCAUGUACAGGAAGUUCUCCACCGAGAGCGACGUAUGGAGCUUCGGAGUCAUUAUGUGGGAGAUUUUCACCUAUGGGAAACAGCCAUGGUUUCAGUUAUCCAAUAAUGAGGUCAUUGAAUGCAUUACCCAAGGUCGGGUUCUAGACAGGCCUCGCCUGUGUCCUAAGGAGGUGUACGACCUCAUGUUAGGCUGCUGGCAAAGAGAGCCGCAACAACGACUGAACAUCAAAGACAUUCAGAAAGUCCUUUACGCUCUGGGAAAAGCCACGCCUGUCUACUUGGACAUCCUCGGCUGAGACUGGUGCGACGUCUCUCACCAGAAUCCUACACAAUCCAGGAAUAACCAAACAAGCCCUUUUCCCCGCGUCGGCGCUCCACUGUAAAAACACCAACACGUCGGAGAUGGACUUUAAGUGCCUGCAACACUUUUUUUCGAUACACUGGGUAUACAGAAAAAAGUAAAAAAAUAUUUAAAAACAAACUUUUACAUUUUGUUUACAGUAUAUAGUGUACAGAAUUAUUCUACGAAGACAAAAAAAUUUCCUAAAAAGUGAUGGCGGAAGCAGAACGUCGCCUUCGGUGUGGCAGCACUUUGUUUGAGAAACGACGAUUUUCUGUGUUUCGUUUUAUAAGCAUAUAUACACACGUAUAUGAAUAUAUUUUUAUUUAUUUUCUUUCAUUUCGAAGGUAAAGUAUGGGUGCCUGUCAUGUUUAGUGCUGUUGAUAUAUUAUCUUUUCAAGACGGCUGCUCUUUGGUUUCUGCUCUGCUUUAACAGCUGGGAUUUUGUGAAGAAAGCCUUAUUAGGUUUGGAUUAUUUUGCCGAUGCUGCGGUCAGCAUCCUUUUCUCUUAUUUUCUUUCUUCCUGCAACUUUGAUUUGACGAUCCAUAGCUCUUCGAGCGGGCAACUUGGGACCUUUAGAAUAUUAAAGCGUUGGUAUAUUUUCAUCGUACGUGAUUGUAUAUACUGUACAUUUAUAUUCUUGUCGACUUGUUAACUUAUUUUUCUUUUUAUGUGUGUUUUUGAUUUCUUUUUUUCGACACGAGAGUUAUUUUGUGACGUACUCUUUAGAAAAGGGUCAGCCAGGAGAGAACAUAAAUAUCACACAGUAUCUUAAAAUGAGCACUCGGGAGGCUCAUUAGUAAUACAGGGUCUCUAAUAUCGUCAGAGGGAAAUCGCGUCACGGCCGAGUCCAGUCUGUAACCAUGCUGCCGUACUUUUCUGAUCACCAAAACUGAAUGUGGUUAAACUAGAACUAAACUGCAGGUUCGAUGUCCACCGAGAUCCUAAAAACGACACCUGUUUGAAUCGAUGUUUCGCAACCUUCAUAGCGUUUGAUAAAUAUCAGUGCCAUCGCAUCUAAAGUUAACAAUUUCAUGUUGUCGUCUGUAGCUAAACAGUUCUAUGUUAUUCCAGGAGCCGUUUCUCUGAGGUGUUUGUCGAUAUGACACCAAAUCUUUUCGGCGUCAGGAUUUCGAUGUCAGCGGAUUCUCUUGCCUCUUUGCAGUACCACAGAUAUUUGCAAACGACAUAUUAAAAUGUAUGUUUAGAUUAAGUAUUAAAUAAAUAUCAGAACCUUGUCAAAUCAA